AUGAAAGAAAUUAUUACUGAUUCUGAAGCUCCAACUUAUAAUAUUGAUAGUGAUGAUGAAGCUCCUUCUGAAUAUUUGAAUGAAAUAUAUGCCAUAAGUGAAGACACCUUUUGCUUUAAAAUUAUUAAACAGUUAGGAAAUGGAUAUUAUAGUCCUGGAAAUGGACAUAAAAUAAAAAUUAUAUAUUAUGAGUUGGGUUGUGAAGACAACAUAACAAGUGUAAAUGUGUACUUAGGAAAAAAUGAUAAGUUACCUUAUAUAUGCGAAAUUGCCGCAAAAUGUAUGAAAGAAAAUGAAGUGUGCAUUAUACAAGGUCCCAAAGAUUUUUCAAAGGUUUUUAAAAAUUCAGAAAUUAAGAACAAAUACGAUAAAACCCAUAAUUUUAAAGCAGAAUUUAAAAAAGGCUUAAGAUAUAAACAAAAAUGUGUAGACAAAUAUUCUAGAGACCCAUCAAUUAAUAAAUACCAAAAAAUUAAAAUUAACUCUAAUGAUAUUAAUUUGUUAAUCAAAAAAAAAAAAAUAAACAAAAAUAAAAAUGAAAAAUAUAUUGAACAGGUAAAUAUUAAAUCGAAUUUGAUAAAAAAUAUGAAUGACCUCAAAAAUAAUUGUGAUAUAAAUAUAGUAGAUUAUAAUAAUGCACAAACAAAUAAUUGUAAUAAUAAUAGUAGUAAUGAUAAAUUAUGCUGUCAAAAUGGAACGUCUUUCUUCUUAAAUAUUGAAGAUAUAAAUAAUUUAAAAUAUAAAUUUUUAGAACAAUCCGAAUUGUGUACCUAUGUUAUAUAUUUAAAAGAAUUUAGAAGAGUCGAUAUUUUAAAUGAUGAUAAAACCAUUAUAAAAGAAAUUAUUAAUGAAGGUAAGGGUAUAUGUACUCCAAAAAAAAAUGAUUACAUUGAUUUUUUUAUAAAUGAAAAUAAUAAACAAGAAUAUAUACACACCAUACUUGAUAUAAAUAAUUUAAAAUAUAGAGGAUUAUUUCAAAUAUUACAACAUAUGAAAAAAAAAGAAAUGUCUAAAAUUAUACUAAAAGGAAAUCAAUGUGAUCAUAUAAAUCAAACAAAUCAAACAAAUCAAACAAAUCAAACAAAUGAAGAAAAUAAUUAUUUAUAUAAUACAAUACAAACACAACAUAAAUUAAUAAAUAUAAAAAAAAAUACAUCACAUGAACAUGAUCAAAUUAUAAAUGAUCUACAAUAUUGUGAUGAGAACAAUCAAACAAUAAAUCAUAUUCAUGUGAAUCAUAAUCAUAAUAAUUAUAAAAAAUCCAAAAUUGUUAACAUUAAUUCAAUUAUAAAUAUAAAUACAAGUGAAAAAUUACUUUUAUAUAUAAAUGAAGAAAAAAAAAUAUAUAAAAUAAAUAAUAUAAAUAAGAAUAUACAAACACAUCAACCGUUUAAUAUUCCAACUAUAGAUAAUGAAUGUGAACUUAUAAUUAAAAUGACCUUAACACAUUUAGAUAAUACAAGAAAACAAAAUAUAUACUUACCAAUUUGUUAUACUAAAAAUAAUAAAAAUAUAAAACAAAAUAAAGCAUAUUUUAUUUAUUCAUAUGGUUCUUGUUUUACAUCUCCUCUAUGGUUUUUUCAUUCUCUACAAAAUUUGAAAGAAGGACAACAAAUUAUUAUACCAAUUGCAAAAAAUAAAAACAUGUUUAAACAAAGCCAAUUUCUUUAUCAUAUCAUAUAUGAAAAUGUAGGAAUAACAAACAAUCUAGAGAACAAUCAAAAGGAUAAUAAUAAUAAUAAUAAUAAUAAUAAUAACAAUAAUAAUAAUAAUAAUAAUACGAAUUAUCAAAUAAAUACACAAGAGAAACAAGGGGCAGACACAAAAAAAAAUUUGUACACUCUAAAUAGGGAUCAUGAAAAAAAUAUAAAAACAAACAAUCAUGCAUACAAACAAAAUAACAAACAUAAAAACAAUUUUAUAGAAUCACUUAUAUCCAACAGAAAUCAAGGUAAAGGUUUUUAUCUUAUUAAAAAAUUUAAAAAAAAUCAUGUCAACCAAUUUUGUAAUGACUUCUUUAAAUUGCAUCAACAUUAUAUGGAAAAAAAUAAACACGAAAAAAAAAUGAAAAGUAUCAAAAAUAUUAAAAAUAUUAAAAAAUUAUUAAAUGUCCAUAACAAAAUAAACUAUUAUCAUAACUUGUUCAUGCAUUUUAAAUUUAAAAAUUUUCAUAGAAAAAUUAUAAAAAGAAAAAGAAAAAAUAUAUCAAUAAGCACACAAAAUAUUAUCAAUAAUAAAUUAUUACAAAUAUGUAUGACUCAACAAAAAGAAGAAAAAAAAAAAAAAAAAAAAAAACAAGAUAAAAAUCAUAAAAAGACAAAUGAUCUCUAUAAAGAACAAUAUAAAAAAAAAUAUAAUUCUACUAAAAGUUUUGAAAAAAAAUUAAAAAAUGUAUAUUUUGAUCGCUUUUUUUAUAACAAAGAUACUAUAUUAAAAAUAAAAGUUAUUAAAAUUAUUUGUAAAAAAAAAGAUCCAUGGAAUAUGAAUAUAUCAGAACAAAUAGAAAAUAUUAAAAUUUAUAAUGAUAUGGGCAAUAAAUUUACUCAAGCCAAAUUAUAUUACGCUGCUUCAAUUCAAUAUAAAAAAGCUUUUGAUAUAUGUAGAUUUUCAAAAAUAUAUAAUUUAAUAUUUGAAGAAAAAAAAAAAUUACAACAUAUACUUAAUGAUUAUCAAAAUAAUAAUCAUACUGAACAAACACAAGAACUAAAUUAUCAAAGACAACUACUAUCAUAUAUUGAAAAAAUAAUAACUAAUUUAUCUAUUACAUUUUAUAAAAUCAAUAAUUACAAUGAAUGUAUAAUAUAUGCUGAAAAAGCCUUUAUUAUUAACCCACAAAAUGUAAAAGCUAUUUAUUGGAAAAAUAUGUCAUAUUUAGCUCAAAAUAAAUAUACACAAGUUAUUCAAAAUUUAAAUAAUCCUUUUUGUUUAAACAAUGAAACAUUAUUAAAAUUAUAUAAUUCAGCUAGGUUCAUAAAAAAAAAACAUGAUACAAAUUUUAAUUCUCUAUUUUAUGCUAUGUAUGAUAACAAAAAAAUAUAA